AUGUUGAAAUUCUUGAAGGGAGUGGUGGGUGGAUCGGGGACUGGACCCAAAGAUCUGCCCUACAAUAUCGGCGAACCUUACCCCUCUGCUUGGGGCUCUUGGACUCACUUCCGGGGCACCUCCAAGGACGAUGGGUCUCCGGUGUCCGUGUUUUCUAUAUCUGGAAGUAAUGCUCAGGAUGGCCAUUUGGCCGCUGCUCGCAAUGGUGUCAAGCGUCUCCGUACUGUCAGACACCCAAAUAUCUUAUCCUUUCUUCAUAGUACUGAGGCUGAAACUUUGGAUGCUUCUACCACCAAGCAAACUAUCUAUAUUGUUACCGAGCCUGUUAUGCCACUCUCUGAAAAGAUCAAGGAACUCAGUUUACAAGGUAUCCAAAGGGAUGAGUAUUUCGCGUGGGGACUGCACCAGAUUGCUAAAGCUGUCAGCUUUUUAAAUAAUGAUUGUAAACUUGUUCAUGCCAACGUUUGCUUGGCCAGUGUUGUUGUAACUCAAACUUUGGACUGGAAGCUGCAUGCUUUUGAUGUGCUAUCUGAGUUUGAUGGCAGCAAUGAGGCUUCUGCUGGACAAAUGCUGCAAUUCGCCUGGCUUGUUGGACAACAAUACAAACCCAUGGAGUUGUUGAAGUCCGAUUGGGCGGCAAUCAGAAAGUCUCCACCAUGGGCCAUUGAUUCUUGGGGCUUGGGUUGUCUUAUCUAUGAACUCUUCUCUGGUCUGAAGUUAAGCAAAACAGAGGAGCUGCGCAACACUGCUUCUAUUCCAAAGUCUCUGCUUCCAGAUUAUCAGCGGCUCUUGAGCUCCACGCCUUCUCGUAGGCUGAAUACGUCAAAGCUUAUAGAAAAUAGUGAGUAUUUCCAAAAUAAGCUGGUGGAUACAAUACAUUUCAUGGAAAUUCUAAAUCUGAAAGAUAGUGUUGAGAAGGAUACCUUCUUCCGCAAGCUUCCAAAUUUAGCGGAGCAGCUACCCCGCCAAAUUGUGCUGAAAAAGUUACUUCCUUUAUUAGCUUCUGCUCUUGAAUUUGGUUCAGCAGCUGCACCUGCUUUGACUGCAUUGUUGAAAAUGGGUGCCUGGCUUUCAACCGAAGAAUUCAGUGUGAAGGUGCUGCCAACAAUUGUGAAACUAUUUGCGUCCAAUGACCGAGCUAUUCGAGUUGGUCUCUUGCAACAUGUCGAUCAGUUUGGAGAAUCAUUAACAGCACAAGUUGUUGAUGAGCAAGUUUACCCCCACGUUGCUACUGGGUUCUCUGACACAUCUGCUUUUCUCCGGGAACUGACUCUUAAGUCAAUGCUCGUUUUAGCUCCCAAGCUUUCUCAACGUACCAUUUCAGGGUCUUUGUUGAAGUAUCUUUCAAAGUUACAGGUUGAUGAAGAACCAGCAAUUAGAACAAACACCACUAUAUUGCUAGGGAACAUUGCAACCCACCUGAAUGAUGGGACAAGGAAAAGAGUUUUGAUUAAUGCAUUUACUGUCCGUGCAUUACGUGAUACUUUCUCACCUGCCCGAGGAGCAGGUAUUAUGGCUUUAUGCGCCACCAGUUCUUAUUAUGACAGCACUGAGAUUGCAACUCGGAUUCUCCCAAAUAUUGUUGUUCUUACCAUUGAUCCCGACAAUGAUGUUCGCUCAAAGGCCUUUCAAGCAGUUGAUCAAUUUCUACAGAUAGUGAAGCAAUCCUAUGAAAAGACAAAUUCUGGAGAUACUGCUGGGGCUGCUGGUCUCGGGAUCUCAUCAAUACCAGGAAAUGCUAGUUUACUGGGAUGGGCAAUGAGCUCCUUGACUCUCAAGGGUAAACCUUCUGAACAAGCUCCACUUGCUCCUGUGAAUAUCAGUACAUCUCUUACCGAAACGACUUCCAAUGCAAGCUCAGUGGUGGAUACUCCAAGCACAGCACCUGCCCAUGCAAGUACCACACCAGAUUUUGCGGAUCAACAUGUACCAGAGUCCCCUACAUCGACAGAUGGCUGGGGAGAACUUGAAAAUGGAAUUGACGGAGAGCAUGAAAGUGACAAGGAUGGUUGGGAUGAUAUUGAACCUCUGGAAGAUCCAAAACCAUCUCCCGUUCUUGCAAGUAUACAAGCAGCUCAAAAGCGGCCAGUCUCGCAAACUGUUUCGCAGCCUAAACAACAAGCAACAAGUUUGAGACCGAAAAACACAGCCAAGGCUAUCAAAGAUGAAGAUGAUGAUUUGUGGGGCUCCAUUGCUGCCCCAGCACCCAAAACAAUUUCAAAACCUUUGAAUUUAAAAACAAGUGGAGCAGUUGAUGAUGAUGAUCCAUGGGCUGCCAUUGCUGCUCCCCAACCUACCACCAAGGCAAAGCCCCUAGCAGCUGUGAAAGGUCGAGGAACCAAACCUGCUGCUCCAAAACUGGGUGCACAGAGAAUAAACCGGACGUCUUCUUCUGGGGUGUAA